GUUAAAAUAACCUUAUACAUUUAGCAUAAUAAAAAUACUACAAGUCGGCAGUAAUUGCUUUACUGCUCCACAUAUUGACUGAGUAUACAGUUUAACCUAAUAUCACCAUGACCUUUACUAAGUUACAAACAGCAUGUAAAGUAGAAGUGUAAAACAUUAGAUGUAUUCAGUUCAUUAUUAACCAGCAAACAAAUAGUAAAUAUUCAUCAGAAAAUGUCUACAUAUUACGACUGUUUUGAGGGGCUUACAAUCAUAGAUGGUGUUGCUUAUCCUACAACAUAUGAUCACCCUGAUGCAAUUCGGCAGAUGAAAAUGUAUGAUAAGAUGAGAAGUGAUGAUGUCAUAAUUUGUUCUUAUCCACGCUCAGGCACCCACUGGGCCAUAGCCCUGGUUGAUCUGGUGAUGCGGGAGGGAGAUACGGAGGCUGCAGAUAACAUUCAUAUCAACUUUAGAAGUCAAUGGAUGCACAUCUCACAGCAAAUAUGGUCAGGAGAGGUCACUAUGGCAGCAGAGGGUAACAAUCCAAUGAGAGAAGCCGAAAUGUUGCCAUCACCAAGGUUACUCACUAGCCAUCUUUCUUAUAAUGUAAUGCCAGAAUCUGUGCAACAGGGGAAAUGCAAGGUGGUGGUAGUACAAAGGAAUCCAAAGUCUGUACUAAACAGCAGAUACAAGUAUGAAACGCUGGUCCCAGAAAGGUUUCUUGAAGUACCAACAUUUGAUACAUUUCUUGAUAGCAAUCUGACAGAUGCACAAGAUCGAGCCCCUAAUGGUACAUGGUUGAAUCAUGUAAGUGGUUGGUGGCAAAACAGAGACAAACUGAAGGGAAACAUUCACUUCCUAAACUAUGAAGACAUGGUACAGGACAUGCCAAAAGUGGUGACAGGACUCGCUAAAUUUCUCGACAAAAAUCUCACACAAGAAACUAUCAACAAAAUUAGUGAAUAUCUGAAAUUUGAAAACAUGAAAAAGAAUCCAAAGACAGAUAAAGCCUUUGAGAAAGUUGUUGUAUAUGCUGGAAAGACAGAUCC